AUGUUUGUAAAUUAUCAUUUGGAAUUAGAUGGGAAGACGAAAGCCGUCACUUCACUCUCGUCGCAGCUCGGCUUGAGGGGUUUUUUCUAUGGAGCAUUGCCUGCUCGCGACGGCCUAUGGGCCUCUGCCGCUGCCACUUCCAAAGACCUAACCGCACCCCUGGCUGUCGAGCAUUGCGUGCAUGAGGCAAGAGGCCUCGAUGUGCUGCCAACAAACAUCUCCCGGUUCCGAAACGGAGGUGAUGACACAACAGCUGAUAUGCUAGACAGCGUGGUCUACCCUGAAGAAAUAACCCACUGUGCUGCUGGAGUGAAGUGGGGGACUUUGAAGCCUCCUUUCAAUGAAGAGGCGAGGAAAGCUGCUGGGUUUGGGCCUCGGUGGUAUGAGCCUCUAGCUGUGAAAUUCCCUAUAAUGGCCAACUGA